AUUAAACAGCGUACAACUUUUGUUUUCUGUGAUCUGUUUGUGAUGAAUUACGGUUAAAUCAACGAGAUAAACGUGAGUAAACGACUUCUACUCAGGUUUUUGAUUCGUGCGAUCGCCUGGUAUCGUCACAUAAACUCGAGUUUGUGUCGUAUAUGACGCUAACGGAGCUAACUGAGGGAGCUGAUGUGGUUCGAGCUGGAAGCUAACGCGGCUAACGUUAGCGGCUGUUAGCAGUGUUUACCGCGGUGGCCCAGGGUCCAAGUCCCGCUAACAGUGACGCUUUGUCGGCCACAGGAGGGAUGAGCUUCCCGGUGAACCUCCAGGCUUUACCGUCCGGAGUGUUUGAGACAGUUUUUACCCCAGAAAACAUCAGAGGAAGAGGCUCAAUGAAUCCUCUCACGCCGCUAAGUUUCCCAAAAUCUCGAUUGGCGCUGUGGGAUAGCAGCCCUGCAGGAGAGAAGCUCCGCCUCCAGCUCUGUGCAUACAGAAAGCCUCGGUUGGUGCUGCUGGAGAAGGCUCUCCGUUUGGCUCAGCGUCAUGCCCGUCAAAACAACAAGCCUCACCUUCACUGCUUCUUCCUGGGAUCAGUGUCUGUGGAUGCAGAUGAAGAGGGCGUCACUGUGACUCUGGACCGGUUUGAUCCAGGGCGGGACCAGGGCGGCGCCUCAGGCAGGGUUCCUUCUGCUCUGCUGCCAGGAGAUGUCCUAGUUCCCUGUUUGUUCUCACACAGCGAGAUCACGUCUGAUGCUUUCCAGUCAGAGGCUGAGCUGCAUCACUGCUUCAAGGCCUUGCAGCAGUGCGUGAGCAGCAGACACGCUCUGGAUCUGAGUCAGCUGAUGAAACUCAGAGGUCAUGUCAUCUGCUCUCAGCAGUCUGAUGCUGCAGCGUUCAGCAUCAGCUGGUCGUUUGUCUGUCCAUCUGUCAGAGUGGAUGUUCAGCCCAUCCGAUCCAUUCCCAUCAUCCCCACCGCUCUGCUGAGGAGUCUUACCAGCAUCAACAGACCGCCGCCACACAGCUCCAACAGACAGAGAGGGUUUCUGACCAUGGAUCAAACCAGGAAGCUCCUCCUGAUGCUGGAAUCUGACCCUAAAGCUUCCACGCUGCCGCUGGUUGGACUGUGGCUGAGUGGAGUCACACACGUGUACAACCCCCAGGUGUGGGCGUGGUGUCUGAGGUUCCUGUUUAGCUCCGCCCUCCAGGACAGAGUUCUCUCAGAAAGCGGCUGUUUCCUCCUCGUCCUGUUUGCCUCCACACACACGGCCCCUCAGGUGUUUCAGUGUCGAGGAUCUGGACCACAGAUGGACUACCAGCUGCUAACUGCCUCCCAGUCUGUCACUCUCUUCCAGCAGGCGGCAUGUGUGGAGGGUCGGACUCUGAGCUGUGAUCUGGACUCAGAGGAGCACAGCAGACAGACUCAGGUGUUCAGAGAUGCUCGGAGCUCCUUCAACAGUGUUGUCCCUCCUCCUGCUGGGCUGUCCAUCAGCGAUCAGGACUCUGGAGUGGAGGAUGAAGAUCUGUCUCCACGACCGUCCCCGAGUCCCCAUCUCCCCGCCCAGCAGUCUCGCGGAGUUCAGCCGUCUGUCCCUGAACUCUCUCUGCUGAUGGACGGCAGCUUCUCCUCCAAUCAGAACAACUGGCAGGACCCUGGCUCCACCCAUGCACCUCCUCCUCCUCCUCCUCCUGCUGAAAGAAAGUCGUCAACCUCCUCCUCUUCAGCUCCCAAACCUCCUCCUCCUCACCUUCACAGCACCCCCAACUCCAACCUGCAGCAGCUGUGCACCUGCUGCUCCACCCACACCUACGAAUGCACCUCCAUCUACUCCUCCUCCACGGGGCACCAAUCGGCUCCUAAAGCUUUUCCUCAUCAUCAUCAAACUCCUCUUUCAUCAUUCAAACAUCACAACACUCCUCCUUCCUCCAAACAUAAACCUCCAUCCUCCCAUCACAACACUCCUCCUACAUCCACCAAACACUAUCCUCCUCCAGCCUCUCAUCAUCAGGCUCCUUCUCCUUCCUCCAAACAUAACUCUGCUCCUCCUUCCUCCCAUCAUCAAACUCCUCCUCCAUCAUCUAAACACCACGGUGCUCCUCCUACUGCUCCCUCCUCUCAUCACCAGACUCCUCCAUCCUCCAGACUCAACUCUGCUCCUCCUUCCUCCCAUCAUCAAACUCCUCCUCAAUCAUCUAAACACCACGGUGCUUCUCCUAUUGUUCCCUCCUCUCAUCACCAGACUCCUCCUUCCUCUAAUCUCCAUUCUACGUCUGCAUCUCCUCCAUCUGCUGCUUUACCACAUCACCACAAUGCUCCUCCUCCUCCUUUCCAUCAUCAGACUCCAACUCUCCAAACUGCUCCUCUCCUGUCCUACCAUCACCUCACUCCUCCUUUUCCUCCUCCACCCAGCCACUAUCCAUCAACUCCUUCCUUACAUCAUCAUACUCCUCCUUCCUCCCAUCACUGUACUUCUCCUCACCCCUCCAAACAUUCAACUCCUCCUCCCUCCCAUCAAUGUACUCCUCCUCACCCCUCCAAACAUUCAACUCCUCCUCCCUCCCAUCAAUGUACUCCUCCUCACCCCUCCAAACAUUCAACUCCUCCUCCCUCCCAUCAAUGUACUCCUCCUCACCCCUCCAAACAUUCAACUCCUCCUCCCUCCAACUGUCCCUGCAGCCUCCCUCCUUCAGACCCUUUACUCCCCCAUCCCUCCUGUGUGAAUCAGUGCUGUGAUCUGGUGGGAGGCGUUGCACCAAUGGACGCCUACCAGCUUCUCCUCCAUCAGGACCGGCAGCUCCGCCUCCUGCAGGCUCAGGUGCAGAUGCUGUUGGAGGCCCAGGGGAAACUUCAGUCCUCCAGUCAGCAGGUGGACACUCAGACACCUCGGAGCACCGCCAGCAUCGCUGUGGGAACAGGGGCCAGCCUGUUCUGGGGGGAUCCUGUGCAGCCCCUCCCUCAUCAGGAGGACCAGGCUCCUCCCACCUGCUUCACCAGUCCCCCCUCUUCACCAACCCCUCCCCCUUUGUCUAUGCCAGCCCCGUCCUCCUCCAGACCUCCACCACAUGCAGACACGCCUGCUGAGGACGGUGAUGUCACAGGUCAGGAGGCUGCUGCUCACAGCUUCAGUGGGCUGCAGAGUCCGGUGCUGGGGGAGAGCGUGAGCAUGAUCACACCUGCAGAUGAGCAGCAGAGCUUCUACCACAACCUGAUGACUCAGCUGAACAGUCGACUCCAGGAGUCAGAUAGCAGGCAGGAGGAGGCAGAGGACUCCAGGAGGAGCAGCCUGCCUGCAGCUCCUGACUGCUCCUCUUCCUCCUCCUCUUCCUCCCACUCCUCCUCCUCCUCCUCCAGGAGGAAGCAGCAGAGCAGAGGAGGAGACCCAGUGCUAAGUGCCACUCUUAAACGGCUGCAGCAGCUUGGGGUUGACGUGGACGAUGAAGAUCUGACCGAGGCUGAGAGAAGAAAACAUCAAACUGUGGAGAGCAGCAGCACCCUGGCAGCCAUCAACCCGGCGGCGGUUCUGUCCAGACUGAGCGUGACCGAGCCGACCGUCAGCGCUCUGUUUCCUGGAGGCAGCGUUGAUCUGAGUCUGGAGGCCAAUGCCAUCGCUCUACGCUACCUCAGCGACUCUCAGCUCAGUCGCCUGUCUCUUGGAGGCCGCGCCCCUCAGCUGGUCCCCACCUCCUCCAACGACUCUGUGCUGUCACCUAGCAACAUGUCUCUGGCCACCAGGAAGUACAUGAAGAGAUACGGCCUGAUCGAGGAGGCGGAUGAGGAAGAAGAAGAGGAGAAAGCAACGUCGACUCGUUCACCCCUGACUGACGCUUUGAAUGUGAAGCUCCUCCCACAGAGUCAGCUGAUCAGAGACUUAAAGCCCAAAAUGCAGCUGUUAGCCAGCAGCGCCAGACCGCUAACAGCCAACAAGGAGAACUGUUCAGGCAGGCGUCCAUCUUUGGUGAGUGCAGGGAGCCGUCAGACAGAAGGAUCAGUGGGGAACAUACUGGACCUGAGCCGCCUGAGACAGCUGCCCAAACUCUUCUGACGCCUCCUUUUUAUUGUCAGAUCCUGCUGUCACAUCUGGCCAAAAACUGAUUUCAUCAGAGAAAAACCUGCUGAGGAUUUGAUAAAAACUGUUCCUCUUUUAAUGGAGUCUGGUGUUGAAACACUUGAACAACUAUUUUGCAAACUGAGACAGAUAUGGAUCCUCUGAUAGUUGCACAAACUCACAAAUUAAGAGGAACAGCAGACAAAAGCUUGCUGAUUAAAAGGCUGGCACGGAAACACUGCUGGUCUCCAUCUGAUUCUGCAGACUUUACACAUCUUCUAGAUUUAGUUGGUGUGAUGAAGCAAUUUGGUACGGAGUGUAAAACCAGGGUAUGGCCUAGAGCAGGAGAAAGGGUUCAACUGUAGAAAUGAGAUUUAGUUAUUCUUACAACUGGAACCAGAAUCUGCUCCUUAGACUCAGUAUGUUAACAUGCAGUUAUAACAACAGGAACAAUUUCAUGGACUUUUUAAAACAUGUAAACAUGCUAGUCUGACUGAAAUGAACUUACUCUGGCAUUUAUGCACCUCUGUCAAACCCAGAUUGGAUUAGAUGUUCUGCACAUGAUCUACAACCUCUGGGAAGCUUUGAAUGGAAGUAGAACCGUGUGAAUGCAAAGACUACCAGAGGUCGUGUUGUUGUCUACCUUUGGAUAUCACCCUUAGCUAGAAGGCUAGCGUAUGUGGACCAGAAAUAUUAAAUCUGGGGCAUAAUGCAUGCUCUUGACACCUAAUUUUAAUCAGAACUGUUGGCUGUCCUAUGGGACCAGUAUGCUAGUAUAAAGGGCUAAAUAAUUACCAUGAAUGCAUGCAGCUGCAACUAUUGCAAACUUUGCAAGACUUAAAGCUGGGCGGACACUGUGGGAUCUCAAGCUGACUCUAAUAUUCGUGGUGAAAUGUUGGCAUCAGUAAUGUUUACGAUGCACAGACCUUGCACAUGAAUUAUACUGGAUACUGGAGGUUCUGAUAGUUGUGCACGACCUGAGCUUUGAGCUUUGAGUUAAGUGACAAAUGUCAGUGGAGUUUCCUGUGAAAAGCCUCACAUGUAGAGGUCUGAAGUCAGAUUUAUUCUCGUUUUCAACCUUUAAAUAUCUUAAAACAGCGCUACACAUCACACAUAAACACCAGCAAACACAACGAGCAGCUAAAUAAUGAAUAUUCUGUUUCAGCUGGAGGUCCACAGGCAGAUCUGUUUCCUUUAUUAUAGGGAGUGCAUGUAAGAAAGGCGUUCAGUCUGUUUAAGUGAUGAUUUAAGAUGAGAGAGAUGCCCUGGCAUCCACGGCACAAACAAACAUCGGUGACAAACUGCCUGAUUACAUUGAUUCAUGUUGCAAGUGAUGGGGUCCAAAGCAGCGUGAUAUGACUCGGUGCUUUUCCCCGUUCCUCUUUUUCUCUCUGUUGCUCGUGUUGAGAGGGGUGAAGAAGGAGGAAAAAGGUAGCUAACAAGACACAAAGAGCGUCAGGCGGAAGUUACACAGGCGUAAGCGAUCUGGAGGGAUCGCGAAUAAUAUCCUCAUUUAAAAUGUAUUGUGAUUUAACUUGUGUCAACACGGAGACCAAACUGCUGGGCUCCACACUGUCAAAGGCUCAUCAAUACAAAGCACCACACUCCUGUUUCUUUGCUUUCAACAUAAAAAUGCCAUGUUUAACGGAGGAACUGAAAUGAUCUGGCAGAUGUUUAAUGGGUUUGUUGUGGACAGUGAGCAUGCAGCGCCAUGAGACGUCUGAUGCUUGCAUGCGGGGUAUGGUGUUAGCGUAGCAGAAGCUGUGUUGUAAUCCACCUUCAGAUAUCCUGAUAGGCCACAGGGAUAAUCUACCAGAAGUAGUCAAAUCCAGACUUUUAAUGUCUGUUUUCAUCAGUCAGCUGUGUCUGAUAGUGUGACCACUCUGCUGUCUCAGGUCCUGGUUUUAUUGUAAAUCUGCCGCCUUUAUUUUGAAUGUUUUUAUUUUUUUUCAAAGGUUUGAAUAAAUUUUUUGGUGUUUUUGUCACUUCAUUUUUAAAUGUUUUUGCACAUAUUUUAAAAUUUAAGUUUCCUUAA